AUGCCCACGGAAAUCAUCGCUCAGCACCUGGCCCCGUAUUUACCAACCGCCGUGGAACGAUAUCAAAUUAUGGCCGAGGAACGACGCGCGAUCCUGGUGAACGAGGUCAAUAAAAUGUUCGACGCUGGGUCGCGGUUAAGCAGAUCGAUACAGAUGUGGCUCUCGAAACCAUCGUGCUGGGAGCAAAGAGUGCCGAAGCAAGGUGCCGGUGAUACGGCAGUGGUCGCCCAUCUUAAGCAGAUUGGACUUCCUACAUUGGCCAAGGCCCAUCGAGAUCUGCAGCAUGCGGUGAUUAACCACCUGUGUGGUCGUGUUCUCCUCGGGAUCCACGUCCAAGGCCCCAUUAUAAGGAAUAAUGCAGUGACUGCAAAUGUGUGCCCACCGCAACACGGACUGAUGCUCGGUCAUUCGCUCAAUUUAGGUUUUCUUCUCCCACCUAGACACCAAGCAGACGAAGCGUUCGGGGCUGGACUUGAGAACCCGGUCGAUUAUCAAGAAAUCUUUGGCGAAGGCAUGCGAGUCGGCGUCCAUCAACUUCUGAUUGACUGA